UCGCCUUCUCACAUUGGCGUCCUCAAUGCCGAUAACUCUGCUUUUCUAAUGCCACUUGGAACAGCCUCAUGCCCAAUGUCGCUUCACUUGACGAUCACCUCGGUUUUUUGCUCUGCCGCCCCAAAAACGCAAAGCCCGUCUCUACUUCGCUCACGCAUCCAAGAUCCAAACAGCAACCGUCACGGACUAAUAUUACAUCCCUCACCGACUUGAUCUCAAGGGUCCAGCCAAUUUCGGGGCACACAACGGCUCUGUCUGCUCGCCACAAUGAACCGCGUGACCGAAUUUCUGGCCGGUAUCCGCGGGCUUGUCCUGGAACAAAACGGCGAUGAACUCCGCAACUGGCUGGUCGUCGAGAACGAUGCUGCCAGUGCAUACUACGAGAUGGGCAACCAGCUCAGGGCGAGUUUUCCUGCAGACUCUGCCGAGCUCGAAAAGCUGGUCGACAGGUGUCUCCCCGAAGAGGACAGCGUGCCUGAGGGGAAAGGCUCGCCGUGGCCCGGCUUCAAGUCGUUCAUCAAGGAGUACCUCGAGUACUGGCGCGACGUCGACUUCGAGGACGUCCUUCGACUGCACGCCCAGCUCAGUGCCCUUCUUGUUUCCUGCGCAAACGCCCUUGCUAAUCCGAGCUAUGGCACCUUGUUGCUGCAGACGAGCUUGUCGCUCUCCGAAUCGCUGUCUAAGCUGGUUAUGAAUCUCAAUCGACAACCUCAACUGCGCGAGCAGAUUGAAGGACCCGCGGCAGACGAGGAGGCGGGCGUGAGCAAGUCGGUCGUAGAGCUGGCUGCAGACAUCAUUCAGAAGUUCUUCACUUCCUGUCUAACCGACCGCUCCAGCCCGAGGUUCGCUCAACCCAAAGGGAAGAAGGUCGCUGUUUAUCUGUUCGCAAAUCUCACACUGAAGCUUCUCUUCGCUUGCGAUAAGUCACGUCUUGCGAUGCAAAUGUUCACAAAUCUUUCGGCCAGCGGACCACCACUUUCCUUUUACCCGGCGCCGCAGCGAGUCACGUUCCUCUACUACCUCGGCCGCUUCAGCUAUCAUCACGGUCACUACCUGCGGGCGCACAUGUGUCUGGAGGAAGCGUAUCGGCAAUGCCCGCCUCGGUUCCAGAAACAUCGCCGGAAAAUCCUCACCUACUGGAUUCCAGCCAACCUUCUCCUCGCCCGCUUCCCUUCCGCAGCCUUACUCCAGCGACCCGAAGCAGCCGGAUUCGGCGACAUCUUCCUACCCAUAUGUGCUGCGGUCCGCUCCGGGAACUUCGUCGCCUUCCACCAGGCGCUCGCCCGCAGCCGCGACUGGCUGUGGGACAAGAGAUUCUACCUCGACUUCCUCUACAAGCUGAAGCCCCUGGUCUGGCGGUCAUUUACAAGAAAGACUUUCAUGCUGACCUGGCAGGGCCCCACGGACGGCCCCAGUAACAUAUUGCCCGCCUUAGCGCUGGACGACCUCGUCACCACGGCAGGAUACGUGCAGAAGCUGCUGGAGGGUUACGUGCCCGCGGGCCCGGGCGCACCAUCACCGGCAGACUCGGUGCUGGUCCCGCCGCCGGGCGGGCCGCGCCAUCUGAUGCCGUCCGAGGGUCUGAUCUUCGGCAACAAGCGGCCCGACCUCGACAGCAUGGAGUCGGUCGUCGCCGGGCUGGUGUACUCGGGCCUGCUGAACGGCUUCAUCUCGCGCCCGUCCAAGCGGUUUGCCGUGGAGGGCGCCAAGAAGAUGGGCGGGAACGCGGUCGCCGCGGGCUGGCCGAAUCCGCAUCAGACCAUCCUCGAGCGGUUCCGGGAGGCGCACGAGGAGGCGGUGCAGACCUUCCAACGGGAACGCGCUCAGGGCAACAAGAAUGCCGAGCCGCCCGGCGAGCUGGAUGAUGUCCCCGGUUGGGUGCGGGGCCUGCCUUAGUCUGUCGAGGGCGAGGAGGAGAACAGUGUGGCUGGACAUGGUGUAACGCUGAUUUGAAGUGAAUUCCUAUCAUGCUCUGAAACUUCGUAUCGACCGAUGUUGUGAUACCCUUGUGUCUCCGUCACAGCAUUUGUUACAGGGAAAAAUUGCAAGACAAGCACUCAAGAGACGGUCGAGCUCAUAAUCAUCAAUCACCUUUACAGUCAUUGACGAAAUAGAUUUGUCGAGUAUAACAACGCGCACACCUCUUUCGCCCGCACACCUUCGCCGAUUUUUUCCCGCGCUCAGCCACCCCCAGCAACCCAACUAUCCGUUCCCUUCUUCAUUCCUUG